AGGGAAGGGGAGGAGUUCGGGAUCAGAAAGCAGACGAAACGGAGCAGAAGACGAAGGCCCAAGUUGAUUCGUUGAUUGCUUAUUCCUGCAUUUAUUUAUAGGUUUCCGAUCUUACUUCGAAGUUAACACGAUAAGUAAUGACUGAAAGUCAAUCUGAUCAAGGUACUCUAUCCCUACGAAAUAAAUCUCUCAUCAAACGAAACAUGAAUCGGAAUCACAGCAAUAAUAUGAGGGCAGGAUAUGUAGCAGUGAAUGAGCAAUACCUUCACAAGACAGGUCUUCGGGGUAGAAAGACUUAUGCCUUUUGGACACUCAUAAUGUUGCUCUUCUUCAUGGCGAUUGGAAAUCUCAUGUUAACUUUCACCAUUCUUGGUGUUCUACGCCUUGGCCAAGGAAUGGAAAGUCUAGAAUUAGUACCAGAGGCAUCUCUUAUUAAGUUCUUUGGUGCUAUUGACCUCGAUAAAAUUUACAAACGUGAUGGAAAACUGGAGGGCUUUCAUGAUGCACCUUUAGAACUCACCGGAAACAAUGGCUCAGUAAUUGUUAAGCUUGUAGAAACAGGUGAGGCCAAUCAACCCAAGCUGGUUAGCAAUCAAGGGGGCACAACCAUCCAAGGCAUAAAGUCAUUUGACAUUCAUGAUCCUAAAACUGGGCAAACUAUCUUUUCGACUGAUUUUCCUAAUUUUGGUCUGCCUCAAGGGGUUGAGAAGCUAGACAUUAAACUUGCCCGUACUCACCGCAUUGUAAGUCCAAUUGAUAAGGAUCUGACUUUAAGUGCUGAAUCAUACGUGCGCAUAAAAGGCAUUGAAGGGACACACAUGGAUGGGAAACAGAUUCUGUGGAAGGCGGACCAAGACAUUUUUUUAAAGAGUGUGAAUGGAUCUGUGAUUCUGGAUGCUCCUAAAGGUAUAUUUUUGGACGUUAAGAAUAUGCCAAUAGCCACUUCUGAAAGCAACAAACCAGGAAAACCAGUGACUCUCCAGUACAAAGUUUGUGUUUGUGUGCCCAAUGGGAAAGUUUUUAGGGUCCCAGUGGUGCAAGGGCUGUCACAUAAGAACAGUGGCUGCAAUUACUACUCAUCUGAAAUUGAUCCUUGUAUGUAAAAGAUACAAGAAAAAGUAAUAAUUGUUUCCAAAGAAAAGAAUAUUGCCACAAUGACAUCAUUAUUUCAACUUUUCAUGGUCACAGAUGAAAAAUUAGGUGAAAACGAUUAGAACAACCUUGUCUAUUUCUCAUUUAAGGGAAAAUCACUUACAGCUUUAUGAGUUAAUGUGAAUAUCUAGUAUUUUAUGCACUUUGUUACUCAAAUGUUAUGUUACCAUUAGUGUAUCUCAUAUUUAUUUCCUUAAUCUUCUUUUAAUGUCUACUUACAGUAGACGGUAUAUGUUGAAAUUGAGAAGUGCAUACUGUAUAUCAGUAUCUCGUAUUAACACUCAUCUAGUCAAACAUAUCUCACAUGACUUAAACUUAAUGAAACUGUUUCACUUUGAUCUACAUAGGUUAAUUUUUGUUAUUAUUAUUACUAAACUCCUUGAAGUAAAUCAAAGAAUUGCUUCAUGUUGCCAAACUAGAGUAGAGUUAGACAGUACUUUUGUGCAAGUCAAUUGUUUUAUCUUGGUAAAUGAUAGGAAUAUAACUUUGUAGUUGGUUGCAAAUAAUAAUUUCUACAGUAGUUGAAUUAGAUUGGAGAUAAUAUAAAAGCAAUAAAGAUAAGAAAAACUCA